AACGCCGAGUGUUUGUUACCAGUUAAAUGUUAAAUAAAGUGAACGUCAAAGGUAUGGAGUCCGGCCGCGUUCGGUACUACUGCACUGCCGGAAAUGGAAUGGAGCCCUUUGUAAUACAGGAAGUGACGAAGAGACUGUCGGCAACAGAUGUGUCCCGGAUGUCCGGUAAAGUGUUGUUCAGCUCAACUUCACCAUUUUACAAAGUUACUGAGCUCAAAUCUGCAGAGAGACUUUUCCUUCUGGUAAAACACGACCCUCCGCUGAAACUCUCGUCACAUAUCAGCCCAGCAAAGGUAGCUUCUGUCCUGCAGUCAAAACUGCUGGGAGACCGCAGUCUGUGGACCGAAGCUGUACUGACAUGGAGCCGCCUGCAGGGGGAAGUAGCGGAGAGGAAAAGUACUGACAACCAGCAGUGUGUUGGGAGAGGCGUUAGAGAGGAGGAGGACGAGGAGGGGAGAAGGCGUAAAGAACGGAUAGAUGAGGAGUGGAUUGCGGGAGAGGAGGGGGAGAAAAGUGAGAGCAGGAGGAUCAGCAGAGGUGAAGAAGGAGAAACUCUGGAACAGAGGAGAAAAAGAGGGAUGGUGUUGGAGAAAAGAUGUGGAGAUGGAGUCGAGGAUUGGGGUAAAAAGAUGAAGAUAGGUGAUUUGGAUAAGGACAGCACUGUGGAGACUAACAUCAAUGUGAAGACGGCUGACAGAGGAGACCCUCACCUCCAGCUCAGCAGGACCAAAGAAGUCUCCGUGUCUUUCAGGAUCAGCUGCAAAUGUACUGGACCUGUGUCUCACUACUUCAGCAGUACACAGGAGGUGGGGAAGGUGAUUGGCCUGGGUUUAAGCCGACUGUUGGGCUGGAAGGUUGAUCUGAAGAACCCACAGCUGGAGGUUCAUGUUUCUAUAAGUGAGGACCACUGUCUGCUGGGGAUUCCUCUGACUAAGUCACCUUUGGCCAACAGGAGCUACAUCAAAACCACAGGACUCAGGUCUACAGUGGCCUGGGUGAUGGCUUCACUGGCUCAGAUACAGCCUGGUUCCUGUGUUGUUGACCCCAUGUGUGGAGUAGGAACCAUCUUGAUAGAAGCAGCGCAGGAACAUGAGGAGGUCUGUUUCCUGGGCGUGGACAUUGAUGAUGGACAGCUGCAGAGGGCCAACGGCAACGUAGAGUUUGCAGGUGUGGUUCCCAGGAUUCACCUGCUGAAAGCUUCAUCCAUGACGCUGCCUCUGCCCAGCUCCAGUGUAGAUGCUGUGAUCUGUGACCUCCCGUUUGGCAGGAAGUUUGGCUCCAAAGCAAACAUGGCUGCCAACCUGCCAGUUAUUCUGACUGAGAUGGAGAGGAUCCUCCGUGUUGGUGGCUCGUUGGUCCUC